UUUUGCUGUGCACUCUCAAUUUUUCUGUUUCUCACCAGGUGAUUUUAGUAAUAAAUUUGCUCUCUUUUGACAUAAAAGAGCUGCAAGCCGUGUUGACAAAAUAUCUACUGUAUUUACACACCACUAUAAAAAGAGUAAUUUAUUUGCAAAGAAAAGGAAAGAAAGCACCUCGUGGCUGAAGAUCAGAUGCAGCACAGAGAGCGAGAGCGAGGUGAGAGAGUAGAUCGAGCUUCUGCUCUCACUCGAGAGAUGUGAGGAAAACCCUGCGGUUUCUUCAUCCAGCUGUUGCUCUUCCUUCAGCCUGGAAACACCUGGAGAAAUAAAGCUGGAAUCGUGUGCUUUAAUGUGUCUGAUAGCACUGGGCUUCAGAGGACCUGAAUGAGAGCAGCUCAAAGUCAAUGAAUAAUCGGAGGGAUUUUCUCGCUGAUGAAGAUGAACUUUGGGACAGUUGUGAUCUCUGCGGGUCUGUGCGGGCUGCUCAGCUUCAUCCUGCUCGCCGUGUCCAUCGGCACUGAAUACUGGUACAUUAUAGAUGUGGAUGAAGGGAAGAACUCCAGCCUGGAGUACAGCAGCUCUCACUCCGGACUCUGGAGGAUAUAUGAAGGACAGAAUGGCAGUUAUCACGACAUCUCGUUCUACACAGACUCGUCCGACCACACCGAGCAGGAGAAGCACCUUUUGAACUUGCACAGGGUCAUCGUGGUCCUGUUGCCUCUCAGUCUGGUGCUGCUGGUCUUUGGUGGGAUCUUCGGUCUGGUGGCGUCUUUGGCUCAGAGCUGCACUCUUCUCACCUGCAUCGCUGCAUACUUCCUCAUCUCCAGUCUGUUGACAGUGUCCGGUGUGAGCAUCUAUAUCAGUUACUCUCAGCAGGCUUUAGAGGAGCUGCAGCACAUGGUGGAUAUUGAGUCACUGGCUCACGUCCAUAUGUCCUUCGGCUGGUCUCUGGUCAUGGCCUGUCUGUCCUUCUCCCUGGAGCUGCUGACAGGGAUCCUGCUCAUGCUAGCGUCCCGUCUCAUCCACCGUCAGUGCCACCACGAGCCUGUUGCAGUGCUCUCCAUGAGCCAGAGCUCACCACAGCUUAUGAGACUGCAGUGAUGAUGAUGAUCAUUCUAUCUACUGCCUUAUCAAGAGAUGAGUUUGUGCUGCAAAGUAAAAAUGGAUUGCAAAUGAGACAGCUGCAUCAGUUAUUGAAUGAGAGUGCUCAGUCGGGGUCUGCCAAAUUUGUCUGCAUCACUCGAGUGUGUCAGUGCAAUCACGUUUUCCUCAAGGCUUCUAGAAACACAUUUUCCAGAGCUAACCGGUGUCAUGUGGCAUGCAUUUACUGUAUAUACACUCUUAAAAAUUAAAGUUCCAAAAAACUUUUUUCCAGCGAUGCCAUAGAAGAACCAUUUUUGGAUCACCAAAUAACGUUUUAGUGAACAGUUAUUAAAAGAACCAUUUUGAAGAACAUUUGAAAAAUCUAAAGCACAUUUUUCAACUGUAAAGAACCUUUUCUGCCUUCAAAAGGUUCCAUGGAUGUUCAAGGUUCUUUAUAGAACCAUUGAUGCCAAUAAAUAACUUUUAUUUUUAAGGGUGUAACAUGAUGAAUCAAGCCUUUGCAGCAUCUCUAGGCACACAUUUUGUAGCAUAGUGUUUUUUUCUGCCAAUUUUGGUAGAAGUUUGUGUUUUUGCUUAUUACAACCAGACAAGACCACUAACCUCUUUUAAAUUACAGUGUAAAAAGUAUUUGUGACCACACUUUGACAUUUUAUAAGAAUUGUAAUACAAAUUCUACUUAAAUAUAUAAUUUACACAAACACAUUUUCAUGCUGAUAUGUAUUAUGUUUAGUUGCAGUAUUAAUGCUUAAUAGAAAACUGUCAUAUAACUUGGAGUAACAGUUAUAUAAUUUACCAUAUACUGUAUAUGUCAUGUUGAAGUACCUUAAUAAACUUAAUGCCCACCCA